AGUAGAAAACAGGUUAAACUUAACAUAUAUGUGCAAUCUAUAGUUAUUUCAGAUCAAGGAUCGCCAGAUUUUAUUCGCAAACGUAAAAAAAAUAUCAACAUUCACUCGAUGUCACCAGUCGCAUCCAUCUUGGAUUUCUAUUUCUGGGUGAUCGCUAUAGGUGGCACGGAACAGGAAAUCGGAGAAUUACAUGUAAAGUGUCAUUUGUAAAAGACAAAAUUCCGGAACACACAAAAUCUGGAAUAAAGAAGUAUAUCUGCCUCAACAAAAACAAAAAAGAAAAGAAAAGUAAUCUAUUUUACGCGUACGGUCAUCUUAAGAAUUUGCUACGGUCAUCAUUCUGCAAAUCUUUGAGGUCAUUUUAUCGAGAAAUUUGCUUGAAUUUCAGUAAAAAACCAAUGGCAUUUAAAACCAUCACCGUAAGUAACGCACACAAAUAAACAAUCGUUUAAAAUCAGGAAUGUAAAAUUUUACCGAUCAGGUCGGCUGCCAUGUUUUGAUUACUGUAAAUAUAUGCUACGGUCAUCGGAUUAUUAUCGUCUCAAGCCACGGUCCGCAGUCCGCAUGGGAGAGGAUCGUACAUAUUGGCCGUGGUUUGCGACGAUGUCGGAUUGUAUACAGUGAUUUGUGUCCAUAUUCACUACACAUGACUAAAGCCCCAUGCGAGCCGGAAACUCGCAGAUUCAAAUGGUUUCGUUUGUUGACGUACUAGGUAGCCAGCCAGGUAUAGUGGAAUAUACAACAAAUUUUGUCCGAAGCUUAACGCUCAGCGCCGUGAUAGUGAGGGUUGGUUUCAUUUGUUUAAUAUGCCAACGUACGUGACCUCCAUUUGUAGGUCUCAUCCAAACACUGCCUCGACGAAGGAGCAAUCACUAUCUCUAUAUACAUUUGUAGGUUUAAAGCGGUCAAGGCUCGAGGAGUGCUCGUGCUGACCACGAGGCGAACGCUCCAACUACUCAACUAUGACGACAGGCAGAACAGAAUGAUACAAAGAGAAAAUCUAAUGUAUUUCUAUAUACAUUUGUAGGUUUGAAGCGGCCAAGGCUCGAGGAGUGCUCGUGCUGACCACGAGGCGAACGCUCCAACUACUCAACUAUGAAGACAGGCAAAACAGAAUGAGACAAAGAAAAAAACCACCUACAGUUCUCAAAAUUUCUGUAUAGAAAUUAAUAAUGUACACUGUAUGCUGCAAGCAUAUUAAAUACCACUCUCCGCAUUUGAAACAGGAGCGUCAGCAUAACUAUCAAUUAUUUACCAUUACUCGACAUCCCAUACAUAUCUAGAUCCAGGUGGAAUUUGAAAUGAUAGACAUGGUUUUAAAUCUUUUCUCAAUAAUUAAAAUUUACAACGACUAAGUUUUAUUCGGAGAACAAUUUCAUUGUCGAGUUCUUACCAUGAGGCGAUUCUACUUUUCUGUGCUACUCGUUCUAAUCCUUGGCUCAUUGGAAACCGGAAAUAGUGUCUGUAACUUGGGACGUCAUCAUAGAAAUAAAACUACUUUAUCGACCGUCUAUACGUACACUAAAAGUAAAAUAUCUUUGAAGGCGGAGAAAGCGUUGGACGGGAAGUUUUUAAAUAUCACUGGAGGGGAUUGCGCAGCAACAAAGCACGACUUAAGUCCUGAGCCUGCUUGGUGGAUGAUUUCCUUGUCGUCUGUUUCAAGAAUCUACAAAAUAAACCUCAUCUUCAGAGAAAAUUUCACCCGGCAUAGCGGAUUCUACUUAUACAUCAACAAUGAAGAGAAGAGUGAGGACGAACUCGUCUCCUUAACAGACAUGUAUCACGAACGUGACCCUAAGCCCAGCUCCCAAAACGUGAUAAUUUUUCCUUAUGGAUAUCCGGGGAAGCAGGUGUACCUAUACUUAAAUGAAACAGAUGAUGAGAAAAAAAUCAUAUUGGACCUAUGUGAAAUAGAAAUCAUCGGCUGUACCGAAACCUCAGGUACUGAUGAUUGCAGAUGCCCCGCAGAAGCCGUUGAUGGGUUACCAGUGGAUGUUUCGGAAACAAAAGUUGCCUUUGCUGGAAGGAAUGAAAUAACCCUCCAGUGUCAUCCGUACUACAUAGUUAUGCAGAAUAGCUCAGGAUCUCUGGAGAAAUGUAAUUUUAAAAGGACAUGUAAAGGAAAGCUCAACGUCAGCCAUGUAUCCUACACAUGUUUAGAGGUUUGUAGAGAUGCUGUUUACAACGAGUCCACCACAGUUCUUGUCAAUCCCCAAAAUUCCCAACCUUACUACAAUAAAGGAGAGAACAUCACCCUCCAAUGUAAAUAUCGUCACAAGCUAAUAAUGGGUCAGCUGAAAAGAACCUGCCAUGGCAAUCUGACGUGGACUGGAGACGAACCUGUGUGUCGAAAGUGCCGUUGCCCAUGCAAACGACUGGAAUCCCAGAACUUCAUUACAAACCAUCAGAUACUCAAAAAGAAAAUAGAACAAACCAAAAAGGAUCUGGAAGUAAAGAAAACAGAACUUUCGUCCAUUAUCCGGAAGAUGACAUCUGCUACAGACAAAAGAAAGUCAGCCCAGGGAAUUGGGAUGGCUCUAGGAGUAGGGGUGAUAACAACACUUGUAUCUCUCAUUAUAUGCAGUGACCUUCCUUUGAUAUACAGACAAAUUGUGCAGGGACCUUACGGAUAUUGAUGGGGUCGCUAAAGGCGACUGCAGCUGAAUUUAUUUUCUUUAUAAUUUAAUUCUUCUAGUCUCUGACUCGUAAAAUACAAACUAUGAUAUACAUAAUACUCAUAAUUUCCAUUAGUGGAACUCUUCAAAUUAUAGGCGCGUAAAGUCGUGAUACCGGGACAACAUACGUAAACAUUACUUAGGUAUACGUAAUAUAAAUUAUGGUAUCGAAUACAUAUUACAUGUAUAACCGACUGCAAACCCCGACACUGAUUAAAAUUCUAAAGUCAAAUUUAGGAAUUGAUUAUUCUUACAAGAAAACAGACGAACUUAUUAAACUAUGUGAAGGAGUGCAGGUACUAAAUCUGUCAAAUCUGACCGAUAUAAAGCAUCAAUCGCAAGAAGAACUGUGAAGGGAAAAACCAACAUGCACAUCCGACACAAUAACUUUUCUUGUAAUUAAUGGGAUUCAUAUGUUAUCAAAAUUAUUCUGUCAGACUAUGAAGACAUUCUAUUUUAUCCUACAAUUCGGACAGGUUCAUAUGGCAUGGACUUUGUAAUUUGUAAUCGUUCAUGUACCCCCUUCUCUCUCUCUCUCUCUCUCUUCCAUUUUCAAUAUUUUAGACUAAGUUAUAUAUUUGCCAAACUGCCCCCCCUUUUUUUAAAAAGACGUUUAUAACACUAAUUAACACAACAAAUGCGUUUCCAAACUGCAUCUAAGCUAUAUUUUGAAAAUUACAAAAUAUUAAUUGACUUAGGACAGGGAACAUCGUUGUUUGGAAUUUUUAGAAUAGGUGUAGGAGAGUUUUAAAAAAACCAUGUAACAUCCUUGAUAAACUAGUGGUAAAAUAUUUUUAAAAUGCAGUUUGACCAAUGGCUAUUUUAUUUAAAAAUACACAAUGUACUUUAACUUAAAAAAGGGGGAUGCUAUGAACGUUUCGUUUAUGUCCCAGUAAUCUCGCACUUGCUCGCGAGACUUGUGCAUUUUCUUACCAAUGACGCACAAGAGUCAUCAAAGCGCGAUAACUCUAAUGAGCUGGUAAUGAAAAGUAUUGUACAAUUUGUUUUGAAUAAUAUUGGUGACAAUGUUUCAUGCAAUGGUUUUUAAUUGUAGUAAAGGAGUUUCAUAAAAUCUAAAGCCGCUACAUUUUCUGAUAUUUGAAGACUUGUUUUGUGUAUGUCAAAAACAAAACAACUUCCCGCAUUUUUCUCAAUCACUUUCAAAGUCGAUCUUAAUUGAAUAGGCAGUAAAAUAAGCAUUACAUGCGCAGCCUAUUCACCUUCAACAACUAAGUUUUGCGCUUUCGAUAAAUACGCAUCGUAGAACUAAAAUGGCUGCCUUCACAACUCGACACUGGUGCUGUCACGGUUAACCGCGGUAAAACACUUUCAGUUCGGUUCGGUGUGUAUUUUUCAGAUUUCGGUUUUGUUUUGUUUACGUUUUAUCCCAUCUUGUUUGCUAAACGUGCUAUGAUUGGUUCGAAAGUUAUAUCAAUGAUAUUACAACCAAUAAAAUUUCACGUAAAAUCGGUAAUAGUAAAAUGAAACAUGUCGACAAGCAGAUAGAAAUCGCAAGGAUGGGAAUACAUGUACUUUAUUUUCUAAGAAAGGGAGAGUCAGAAGUUGUUUACAAACCAAUCACAAUCUGCAAACUGUGCAUGUUAAACGAAGGCGGUAGCUCUGUGUUAGAGCGUCCGGUUCGUGACCGGGAGGUCGUGAGUUCGAGCCACUCUGAAACCUGAGACAUAAAUGUAGAUUAGGUGGUGAUUGCUCCUUCGCCAAACGCUCGGCAAUUAGUAAUGAGAGUCGCGAGUCUUUCAGAUAUGACUUUAAAAACGGAGGUCCCAUGUCGCAGUAGAGGUUGGCACGUUGAAGCAUUUUCACUGCUACGGCCAUAAGCGCCUUACAUAGACCUAUCUAAAUUUACAGUACCUCACCUACAACUAGUCUAUCAUAAAAGCUCUUGAGAGAUUGUACAUAAUGUCGACUUUAAAAGAAUAUUACUUGCUUAUCGUUUUGUUGAUUAAAAUGAAUCAGAAAUUGAUGUUUGCAUUUGUACUGAAGAAAAAAUGAAUAUCGAAGGUUCCAGAUUAUUCUUAAAAUCAUCAAGUUAUUUUGAAUUAUCACCCCCCCCCCCCCCCGAGGUUUCGUUUCCUGAAAUGAACUGAAAAAUGUCUGAACUGUGACAACCCUACUCGCCUCAUCGUGGUGGUUGUGAAUCACUGCGCGGCGCAAGUGAUUUGUGUUUUUCAGUAAUUAUGUAACAUGCAUUUUAUACUGUUUUGAUGUAUAUGUAUUGAUAAGUGUUUGGCGAAUCUGGUAUUUGAACCAGGGUCGCAGUGGUUUUGUAUUGCUCGCUUUGCUCGUUGGACUACUUGACCAUUGAAGAUUAUGCUUGUAUUGUUAUUACGCAAUAGUUUUUUAGUCUCCACACUUUUAUCAUUUUUCACUCUCAAGUAAAUGCAGUUGUGUAAAUUAAUUUUGUUUAUGGUUCAAAUUUUAAGAUAUUGUAAUCCCCCCCCCCCCAUCAUUUACAAGUGUAUAAUGAUAUUGUUCAAAAUUCAAAAGUUUUGGAAUUUGUCAGCACUUAGAGAUUAUUUUUCUCAUGGGGAACCAUUUUUUAAAAGAAGUAAACAGGUUGCAAACAGCGAUAUUCUCCUGCACUUAAAGUACUGUUGAAUGAAAAUCAAAAUGUAUAUAGAGUGUGUAAUUUUUGUAUGAUAUAUUUUUAAGAUAUGAUGAAAGUGGGAAAUGUGAAAUCGGAUUGUUCAUCAGAAAUAUUGUGAUAAUUUACAAGCUAGGCAAAUUGCUAGAGUGGAAUGCCCAUCUUUCAAAUGGUCUUAUUGAUAUUGUAAAGUUAUUAAGAAAAUGUUAUCAUUGUUUACAGACAAAUAAGUCAGUGCUGCAUUUUUGUAAUUGUGUGUUUGUCGUCUGGGUUUCAUAAUUUGUUAAAAGUUCAGAUCCCGAUGUUUAUUAAUAACAUUUUACAUAAUAAAAUAUUGUUUAAAUUAUUAAUAAAUAUGAUCUAAAAAUAUUUAAAUCCAAAUAUUUUUUGACAAAAAUAUUUCCUACAUCUGUAAAUAUAUUUUGUAGAUCCAUUGACUUCAUAUUGUAUGUGAUAAGUCAAUAAAAGUUAAACACUU